CCUUGACCUCGCUGCAUUACAAUAUUUACCAAUUAGGCUGAAAAAAGUAUAAACAUGGCAGCCGUGCGCGAUCUAGGACAUCGAGGGAACGGUGUAGAUCGCGUUCCAAGACCGUUUGUCAUUGGCGUGGCAGGUGGUACCGCAUCAGGAAAGUCAACAGUGUGUGAGAAGAUUAUGCAACAGUUAGGACAAACAGAUGUUGAUAGGAGACAGCGUCAAGUUGCUAUUAUUGGACAAGACUCAUUUUACAAAGUAUUAAAUGAUGCUGAAAAAGAACAGGCAGCUAAAGGACAGUUUAAUUUUGACCAUCCAGAGGCAUAUGAUUAUGACUUUAUGUUUGAAACAAUGUCAAAAAUUGUACAAGGGAAAACAGUGGAAAUACCAUCAUAUGAUUAUGUCACGAAUUCCAGGAAAAGUUCGAAUCUUGCCAUUUAUCCGGCCGAUGUGGUCCUGUUUGAAGGGAUUUUGGUAUUUUAUUGGCCAGAGUUACGGAACAUGUUUCACAUGAAAUUGUUUGUUGAUACGGAUCCAGAUACUAGGCUAAGUAGAAGAGUUUUAAGAGACACCAAAGAGAGAUGUAGAGAUCUGGAUCAGACAUUGAAUCAGUAUACAAACCUUGUUAAACCUGCUUUUGAAGAGUUUUGCCUUCCAACCAAAAAAUAUGCUGAUGUGAUAAUCCCACGAGGUGCAGACAACACAGUUGCAAUUGAUUUGAUAGUUCAGCAUAUCCAAGAAUUGUUACGUCCCCAACCACGUGAAACAACCAGACGAGCCAGGCAUAAUUCUGAUUCUUUUGUUGGAAGGCCGCACUAGCAGUGUGUUUUAGUUUUUAACGAACUUUAAAAAUAUUAAAACAAUGGGACAUGAUGUCAAAACAAUAUUGACCUGUUAGUUAUGUGCAAUCAUUAUUAGAGAGUAAGAUAGAUUGUUAAAAUCAUGAAUGCAUUUUUAACACACCAAGUCAUUUUUUGUGCAUUUUACUCUACAGAAGUGUAUUUGAGUUGUUUCCCUUUGUUUGUAUAGGCUGGACAAUUUGUGAAGCAAAAUUUCUCUACAGAGCCAUAUUUAAGUACUGAGGCAGUUACCUCCCUUUUAUA